AUAUAUGUAGCUGAUGCGUUUUUGUUUGGAUUGCCAAAUUGUUUAUAUUCGCGUUAACUUGAAUUAAACUUAAAUUUGCUACGUUUUCUGUAAAAAUAAUGACGCUCCAGUGCCGGACCUGCUCGAGCGUCAUCUACAACACAAAGGCCAAGAAUCUCUUCCACAUCGAGAACGCCAAGAUGCUGCUAAACAUCAGUCUCAUAUGUGGCGCCAUGCUCCAAAAUGAUCCAGAUUUGCCCAGUUGCAUAUGCGCCUGCUGUAUACUCGACUUAAACCAGGCAAUUGUGUUCCGAGAGCGCUGCAUCCAAACACAGGAGGAUCUCCUCGAGCAAUUGUCCAAUCGGGAACAGGAGGUCCAAGAACCCGCCACAGAUCCUGAGGAGGAGAAAGAUGUAGAAAUUAAGGAAGAGGUCGAUGUGGGCAAGUUGGUAUUGCCUUUGCCACCCGACGAGUUGGACGAUCCGUUCGAGGAAGUCGAAGAGUACGAAUACUUUGAAGAUUUUCAAGAUGUUGAUGGGCUUGUGGAGGCCAAUGACGUCGAGGUGGGCGAAGAGGUGGCUCACGAUGCUGAUUCCCUGAUUUCAAGUGUGCAGAAGGAGUUCGAGAGCAUUUACAACGACGAAAGUGUGGACGACAACAACGAGUUCGACGAGGAUCCCACCAACUGCGAUGAGCUGGAGGACGAAAGUGACGGAUUCUCUCAAGAUUCAACACAGCCCAAGCCAAAGCGUAGGCGGGGUAGCUCCAAAGUAAGUGGGGUCAGCACGGAUACGCCGUCUACACCACCCAAGCGGAAAAAGCAGUACGUCACAUGGAAGAACCUGACCGCGGAUCAGAUGAUUGAGCGGAAACGGCAGCAGCGAAAGCGCGACUGCGUUUGUGAACAAUGCGGCCGACACUUCACCGACCAGAGCAACUUUAAAAUGCACAUGCUCCGGCACACGGGCAUGAAGAACUUCGCCUGCCAGGAGUGCGGAAAGCGGUUCUACACCGAUCAUCUCAUGUCCCUGCACCAAAGGAUCGUCCACCAGGGCGAGAAGCCCUACGCCUGCCGGUUCUGCACAAAGUCCUUUCACAACAGCACCACACGCGUCAUUCACGAAAGAGGUCACACCAAUGCUAAACCAUAUACCUGCCAUCAUUGCGACAAGAGCUUUAGCUCGGCCUCCGGACGCAAGCGGCACGAACUGAUUCACACAGGUGUGCGGGCCUUUUCCUGCACCAUCUGCGAACAAACUUUCCAGCGCAACACUCACCUGAAGGCCCAUCUGCAGUCAAAGUUCCACAUUGUAAAGGCGAGAGUCCAUGAAGAACAACAGGCGCAAGAAUAAACGUAUGUUCCGCCUGAAAGUGCUGUAAAUAUAGGUUCUUACAAAGUAA